GGGGCCAUUCUUGGGUCUUGAACGUGGCAGUCACAAACAUGGCGGCUAGAUGAGAGCUUUAAGUUUGUUUCCGCGUGUGUAUGCUGCAAAACGCUAUUUUAACCCACAUAUAUAAAAUCUGAUUUAUCAGUUUAGUUGAAAGUAGCUUUAUAUGGAACUGAGAAUGGCUGCGUGGGCUGGAUUUUCAGAGGAAGAACUGCAACGAUUAAAACACAACGACGAGCUCAUAAACCAGGCUGUGUCAGUCACAUUGGGUCGCGGCCGGAGAGCCGCUCCGACUAACCGGAGCAGACAGCAGCUGCAGCGGGAAAGAGCUCUGCAGCUGGCAGCCAAACAGAAGGAGGACAGCCACUCUCUUCCACCCGAACAACAGCUUACCAAGCCCCCAGAGCCUCCUGCUGUCACUGUUCCUGCUCCUGUCAAACCGCAGGACGAGUCCAACCCGUUGGAGACGCAACUGGUUAAACAUGAAGCAGAACCUGUUAAGCACGACCCAGAAUCACCUGCAGAGUCUGCGCCUCCAGCAGUCAUCAAGGAGCUGGGCAAAGAGGAAGUGGAAUUCCGUGAGAAGAACCGUCUGCAGCAGUUGCAGUGGGAGCAACGGAUAAUGGAAGAGAAGAAUAAGAAAAGAAAAGCUCUCCUUACAAAAACCAUUGCUGAAAAGUCCAAACAGACACAGGCUGAAACUGUGAAACUGAAGAAGAUCCAGAGAGAGCUUCAGUUGCUGGAUGAUUCUGUGUCCAGUGACAUUGGGAUUCUAAGGAAACUGAUAGAGCAAUCCAGCAUGGAUUACUCCCAGGCAUGGAAGCGCUUUGAGAAAGCAGAGGCUGAGUAUGUUGCUGCUAAGAUGGACUUGCACAGGAAAACGGAAGUGAAAGAGCAGCUGACAGAGCACCUGUGUGCAAUCAUCCAACAGAAUGAGCUGCGCAAGGCCCAAAAACUGGAGGACUUGAUGCUUCAGCUAGAACUUAAUGCUGAGGAAGACCCCAGCCCAGAGGAAACCGAUCUAGAGGACAAAGAGAGGGAGGCCAACUCCCAACCUGUUACUGAAAAUUGUCCUGCAGCAGACACAGAGGGGUGUACAGAGGUGCACGGCUCAAGUAUGAGCAAAGGCAGUUCCAUUACAGAACCAAAGAUCAGCCAAGACAAUCAGGAGAGCAAAGCAACAGAUGUUUCUGCAGAUGGGCUAAGCUAGCAUCCAAACAU